AUGUCAUAUUCAGCAUAUAAACCAGCUGGUAAACCGUUAUCAGCAGAAGCUUUGUAUCAUCAAAGAUUGAAACAAGGGGUAUUCCAAUCUCCAAGUGGAACAAUUGUCGGUGUCAAUUCUAAUGCCUCAGAUACUGCUGCCUUAUUGGCCGCCUCCUCUGAUUUGACUGUUCAACCUUCUUAUGUCAGAUCUGUUGCCCCAGAAGCCCAUAAUGCUGCAUUGGCCGCAAAGCAACAAGAUAUCCAAAUAUGGCAAAGGGGCCAAGAAGAUCCAGAUGCCAGUGCCGCAGCUACCAAUGCCAAAAGAUCCAGCACCAUGAAUUCAGCCACUCCAGCACCUGUUAAAGUUGGUAUUCCUUCAAUGAAUUCUACUACCGUUUACAAGGCAGCCAAUGCCAGAUCUACAUCCACCAUGACCUCGAGAAUUAACCCAGAAAAGGACAUUAGAAGAACUGGUAUACAAUCAAAACAACAAGCAACUUCUUUGAACAUCGACAAGAUUAAUAGAUUGGCCAAUAAAAAUUCUACCAAGUCCUUGAGCUCCCGUUUCAACCCUGAGUUGGACUACAGAUCUGGUAUCAAAAAGCAACAACCAACAGAAUUUUUGGAUCAAUCCGAAGAAGACUUGGCCGCCUCGGGAGCAAGUGCUUCAUUGAAACACGGGGCCGGUUUAUCUGAUCAAUUUUCCUCCCAAAGAAGAGCCAAAACUUUCAACGCUGCCGAUGUUGUUAAUGCCUCUUUAUUAAAAGCUGCUAAUGAAAAGGCCAAUGUUAGAUUGAAUUCAAUCAAAUCCAGCAAUCCAGCUACCUUGAAAGCCCAAGCCCAAUUAUACGCCAACGCCUUAGCCUUGGCUCAACAAAGAUCAGACGAAAGAGUGAAGAACUAUCAAACUGGUAUGGUCAACUUGGGUGGAGGUUUGACCAUUAGUCAAGCAGAAUUGGACAACUUGGCCUCAACCUAUGUCCAACCAAUCUUGAGUGACAUCGAGGGAAAAGCUGAAGCCAAGAGACAAGUUGACCUUGAAAAACAACAAAGACAAUUGGAAUUGAAGCAAAAGCAUGAAGAUGCUAAAAGACAAGAAAAAGAAGCUAAAGCUCAACAAGAAAGAGAUCUCGAAAUCGCUAAACUAGAUAGACAAGCUAAACAUGGUAAACGUAAGGAAGCUGAAGAUACUAAGUAUGUUGAGUACCAAGCUAGCAGAAACAAAGAGGUUGAAGACAAGAACCAAGAAUUCAAGGACGUCGAAGCUAAACAUGCCGAAGAAAAGGAAGCCUUAUUGAAGGAAAAGAAGGAGAACCAGGAGAGAAUUGACCAAGAAGAAGCUGACAAAAUCGCCGAAAGAAAGAAGGAAUUGGAUGACUUACAAGCAGAAAAGGAUGAAGAAUUGAAACCAACAUUGGAUGAGUUGGCCGAAGAAUCCGCCAAAUUAAAGGAAGUCACCAAUGCAAGAGAUGAAUUGGCCAACGAAGUUAAAGCAUCUGAAAAUUUACAAAAAGAAUACGAAGAGAAAUUGGCUGAAUUGGAGAGCAAGUUGGAAGAAACCAAGAACGACAUUGAGAAAUACACUGCUGAUUUAGAAACUGCCACCAACAAGCAUGAAAGUACCGACAAGGAAUUGAGUGAGUUGCAAGAAUUGCACGAUAAGGAAAAGUCUGAAGCUGAAAAGGAACAUGAAGAGUUAGAUGCUAAAUUAGAGCAGUUAGAGAAGGAAAAAGAAGGACACAUCGAAGACAAAGCAACAAAGAAGAAGGAGAUUUUAGCUGCCCUCGAUGAAAAGGUUAAAGAUGAACACAAGAUCAAUUCGGAAUUACCUGAACAUUUGAGAUUUGAUGUUGAUGAAGGUAAAAUCAGAGACACUAGUUCCUUAUUUUCUGCUGAAGAACCAGAAAUCAAGAAAGUAUCCUUGAUACCUGAAGGUGAAGCUGAAGACAAAGGUAAGAAAGCUCCUGCUUCUCAGAAAGUUGUAAGCUUGGUUGAUGCUGUUGAUACUGGUGCUGCCACCGAAGCUGCCGCUAAACCAGCUGCUGCUACAACAGAAUCUGCUGCCAAACCAGCCGCUGCCGCCGCCGCCGCUGAAGCCACUAGCAAGAGUACCACUGCUACUCCUGUCAAAAAAGCUGCUGCUACUGCUGCUCCUGUUACACCAAAACCUGAAGCUAAGAAGAAAGCUUCCUUCUCCAGAAGAUUAAGUUCUAUUUUCAAGUACACAGGAGUUGAUGAGAAUAAGAAUAAACCAGCUGCCAAACCAGCUGCUAAACCAGCAACUACUGCUACACCAGUCAAGAAGGAAACUACUGAAAAAAAGGCUACUGCUGAACCAGCUGAAUCCAAGCCAACUGAAACCAAAGAAUCAGAACCAAAUCCAACUGAAACCAGUAAAGAAACCGAGGAACCAAAAAAAGAAGUUGAACCAAAACAAGUUCAACCAGCUGCUAAGGAUGCCGAGAAAGAAGCCAAGGAAGACGUUUCAGAAUAUGGUGACUUUGAAGAUGACAUCUCCUUAAGCAAGAAAGAAAACAAAGGAGGUGUAUUCACUGAAGAGAUUUAA